AGUGAGGACUGCCUUUACCUCAACAUUUUUGUUCCCCUUGAUGUGAACCUCACUUCUCCUCGAGGGCGCCCCCUGCCCAUCAUGGUGUGGAUCCAUGGAGGCGAUUUCGUAGCCGGUUCUGCCUCCAAGCCGUUGUCUGACGAGCGCUUCAUCAGUAACUUCACCAACACUGUUGUCGUGAAUCUGCAGUACCGACUGGGGGCAUUUGGAUUCCUUGUGUCGGGUGAAGAUCCCCACUCCUCAGCUGCAGGGAAUUAUGGGAUUUUGGACCAGCAGGCGGCUCUUCUUUGGGUACAGCAGAACAUUGCUGCAUUCGGAGGUGACCCCAGCAAGGUUACAAUAUUUGGAGAGAGUGCUGGAGCUCAGUCAGUCGGUCUCCACCUGAUGAUUCAGAGCAGCGAGCCGCUCUUUAAACAAGCUGUCCUGCAGAGCCUGCCCUUUUCCAUCCCACUAAAGACCAGAUACGAUGCACUGCAGUUGGGAAAAGACUUUGCCGAGCAGACCAACUGCUCUGUGAGCGACUUCAUCUGCCUGAUGUCUCUUUCUCCACAGACUAUCCUGGCUGCACAGCUAAAAACAAGUUCUACGAUUGUGAACCCGUUCAAGUUUCUGGAGGUUUUUGAGACGUGGGGUCCAAAUAUUGAUGGGGAGCUGAUUCGAGAGCAGGCUAUCUCUGCCUUUCAGGAUGGCCACUGGCAGAAAGAGAAGACCGUGCUGCUGGGAACGACCUCAGAGGAAGGGGUGCUCUUUGUGUACGGGGUCUUUAACAAACCAGUGUCUGUGGUGGAGUGCACCGUGUAUAUCGCAGCCAUCUUUAAACAACACACCCUCCAGAUCCUACGCAAGUACUUGCCCCUGUACAAGGAAGCUGACCGCAGAAACAUGCUAAACCAG